CGCCCCCCUCCCGUUGCUUCGUGGCUUCAGGCUCGCGGGAAUGUACCCGCACCCUCCUACGGGCGAGUACCGGCUGCUGCUAUACCCUGACGGGACGUGGAUGUACGAUGAACGGCCACCUGGCAUUCAAGAAGCCUGCUAUGUUUACACGGUGGGCUCCUGCCAGCCGCCGAGGCACAUCGGGUGGAUGGAGGCGGAGGAGCUGAUUCAUUUGCUCGUAUCUGUCCUUUGCCGUGGCAACCUGCACUGGUUUGUAGCGAUGGUCGAGGUCAUAAGCAACAUCAUAAUGGUAUUCGACGCCACAGCUGAGGUGUUCAGGCAGAUGCCCGCUCCGCCCGUUCGUGCCACUGCUGACCUGUUUGAGGUGGAUGGAAUGCUUGGCAUGGCCAGCUUCAAUGAUGCGGUGACAACCAUCGAUAUCUGGAUGAUGCAGGACUAUGACAGCGAAGUAUGGGCCUUCAAAUGCCGGGUUGAAUUGCCGGUUGCAGAGCUCACCGGGCGGUUUGGACUUAGCAAGUACUGGAAUCUGGUGGUUUCGUCUUCGGAUGAUAAUGAUGUGCUCAUUCUGGUACAAACAAGCGAGUGGCUACUUCAGAUUGACAUAGUUGGCAAGUUGGUCGCCAAGUUCUAUACAAAAUGUCUUGGUAUUUCUCAACUUCGUCUCAAGCAAACUCUUGUUCAGCAUAACUUCUUUCCGACAAUAGAGGGUUAUGUUGUGAACACUUGGCCUUUCAUCGCACCGAAAUGCUUAUGUUGUCAACACUUAGCCUUUCCAUUUCAGUGUGGUGGUGCUUCUUAAA